AAUACAGAGCUCAAACACUCGAUAAGAGUGUCCUCAAACAGACGUUUAUGUUUCCGAGGAAGGAAGGAAGGAAGGCUCUGAAACCUUCAAAGCCUGAUCUAAGCUCGAGCAGCAUUGCCAGUAGCCGACCAAGAUAGUGCAACGAAUCAUAGGAUGCUUGAAGUAUGAGAGAUGCACCGAGUAAAGUCCCAUCGCACAUGAAUGGUGCAUUAUUUUCUUGCUGACAAUAAGAUAAUGUGCAUGAAGAGCUUCCCAGUGACGUUGAUGACAGCAGGUUCUCAUCGGACUCAUUGCACGCCCGAAGUUGCUGCCAAAUCGUCGACAUCUGAUUUCCUCGGCGAGAGGAAUGGAAUGUUGAGGGUAUGCUGUGGGGACUUCGGCCACUCUCAAGCUGUGACGUGUUUGUGUCAUUUGUUUUCCUGUAAGGGUGUAUUGUUAGCAAGCUUUCUUUAUGUUCCUCGACGCCAUAAUGAGGGGGACUGUUGCUGCUGCUUCCUCUCUCUCUCUCUCUCUCUCUCUCUGUCUCUCACCGAGUGCCUCCCUUCUCUGACACAGCAGUCGUCUCUUUCUCUGUCUCAUCACUCUCUCCAUCUAUGGCGUAAGCUUGAUUCCUGAUAGUGCAAGCAAAGCAAACACCCCACUUUCUUUUUGUUUGGUCACAGCCUCCCUUAAAACUUUCUCGGUUUUCCUUUGUCCUGUAAAAUUCUACCUUCCCUUUCUUGUUCCAACAUUUGUGCUCCCUCACUACUGCUGUAAGACUCUUAUUGUCUCACACCACAGCCCUUCUACCAAAUCACUUUAUUUCCUCUCUCUGGGAUUUCUUCCACCCUUUGGCCUUUAUUUGUUUUGCCUUCCUUCUUCGGUCCAAGUUCCUCUUGAUGCUCAAUUCUCGCAAUGGAAAGAACAACGAAGCAUACACUGUACCUUCUUAUGGGAUAAAAUCCAUGCAGAUUUUCUCUCACCUUCCAUGCCUGCAGCCGAGAGCGAGGAUGGUGGGAUUUGCUCUGUCCCAGGUUGUCAACCAUUCUGCGCUUCUGCAUGACUCCAGGUAUCAUGGAGUACCUCUUCUUGCUCUCUUCAGCUGUCCUUGGAGACAAUGAAGAGGUUCUAGGAAGAAGACCUUUGGCACUGUUGUUGUUUUCUUUCUCACAGCCCACAGGAACUAAUUGAGUUGUCUUUUGUAUGAGAUUUGAGGACUUCACCUUCUUAGAAAGAGCGGUAAUUACCGGUCUACAGAUCAUAAUGAAUGCUUGGUCUUAUGGAGACUCCAAAGUUCUUCCUCCUCCUCCUCCUCCUCCUUCGUACAAGGAAAAACUUCAGGGCAGUCAUUCGGAACAAAUUCUUCGAGUCUUCUUCUCCCCCUCGUUAAACUGCUAAUCUUACUUACCUUCCUCUACUUUCUUCUCAACGCAUUUACAUCGAGAAAAGAUUCAAGCAUCUCUUCCAUUGUUAGUGUCUCCGAUCUUCAUCCACACUUGGGUCCUCACCCCAAGGAGUGUCAGGAUAAGGAUCACCAGAACCUGAGGGUUUUGAUUUCUGCAAAAGCCAAAGUGAUCCAUUAGUAUCUUAGUUGGAUUUCCAAGACAUACCCGAAGCCAUAGCUUAUGUUUUGAGCCUUGAGGGUGGUCUAGUCUAGCUCUCAGAAAGAAAGAAGAAAAAAGAUCAAUCUUUCUUGUCCAUUGUCCUUUUCCUUCUGGUGUUCAGGUCAAGAAGAGCACUUCAAAUAAAGAAAGAGAACAAAGAUUGAGAGAGAAUGGAUGUUUCUGGUCGUGAAGAAGAGAUGCCAACACCAAUGGCCAGUGCAUGUGUUGGUGAUCAUGGCCACAACAGCAGCAUCCAUGACACCCCUCCUAUCCACCACUCCACCAAUGGGCCUCCUCCUCCCCUCUCCAUUGUCACCACAGAGGACCACCAUCACCAUGGCAAGAAAGGGGUGGUGGUGAAGUACAGGGAGUGCCACAAGAACCACGCAGCUUCCAUCGGUGGGAGUGCUACUGAUGGCUGUGGCGAGUUCAUGCCAAGUGGGGAGGAAGGAACUCCAGAGGCCUUGAAGUGCUCUGCCUGCGGCUGCCACAGGAACUUCCACAGGAAAGAGAAGGAAGGCGAGCCCUCGUGUGACUGCUUCCACCCCUUUAGGGGGAGGAAGGUGAUGAUGGGUCAGAAGGGCUUCCUCGUCUCAGGAUCAGAUGCAUUUGGCUACAGCCCUGCAAGUAACAGCCUCGUUCCAAGGGUGGUGAUGCCACUGGGAGCCAUGCAGACCUCCGAGUCUGACGAGAUGGAAGGAGUUGGCGGGAUGGUGCCGAUGCCUGCCAUGGUGAAGAAGAGGUUCAGAACUAGGUUUACUACAGAGCAGAAGGAGAAGAUGCUGAGCUUUGCUGAGAAGGUGGGAUGGAGGCUUCAGAAGCAGGAGGAGAGUGUGGUGCAGCAGUUCUGCCAGGAGACUGGGGUGAAGAGGAGAGUCCUCAAGGUGUGGAUGCACAACAACAAGCACAAUUUGGCAGGGAAGAUCUCUCUCCAGCUUGAAUGACCACUUCAUUCUGCCAUUCUCACUGUCAUUUAGUGUUUCCAUAGCAAAUACUCAUCCUACAAGUUUUGAGUUUGGUGGUCGCAUGCCAUAGCUAUUUUCUCAUGUCACUCAUGAGGUGAUGAAGGAGGAUAGGAAGCUUGGUGGAUUGAAACCAUGAACUUUUUCUUCUACAGAGUUCUCCAAGCUUAGUUGUUGAUCACUUCAAUGUCAUUCCAGGACUAUGCUUUCAGGUGUUUCAGACAGCUGACAAGGAAGACAUCCCUUGAAUAGUUAUCAAUCACUGCCUCUUUCUUUCAUAUGGCUGUAUGACUUCUCUUUGACCUUCUCUUUUCAUUCUCAAGAACUGGUUUGUGUUUUCUUGAUCCUUCAUAUAAGAACUUUGAAUAUGAACAGCAUGUCAUAAUUGGCA